UAAAAAUCUUUCCAUAAUAAGGCCAUAGGAUAAAGGAAGAGUGCACAUAUUCAAGCUACCAAUAAGGCACUCUAUCUAAGUCUCAAAAACACUGGAGUUGAUUAUGUCUUCAAAGGUUAGUAGUUUGUUGAUAUGUUUGUUCAUUCUUCAUCUGUGGGGUGCUGCUAGUGUAACUGGGCGCAAGAUACGGAUCUAUGAGAUCAAGAAAGGAGAUUUCUCUGUUAAAGUCACUAAUUAUGGUGCUAGAAUCGUCUCUGUUCUUGUUCCUGAUAAGAAUGGAAAAAUAGGUGAUGUUGUUCUUGGAUAUGACACCAUCAAGGAAUACAAGAAUGAUACAAAUUAUUUUGGAGCAAUAGUUGGAAGAGUUGCUAACCGAAUUGGUGGUGCUCAAUUUACUUUGAAUGGAACCCUUUAUAAGCUCAUCGCCAAUAAUGGCAAUAACACAUUGCAUGGCGGCCCUAAAGGAUUUAGCAAUGUUGUUUGGAAGGUGAGCAAACACGAGCGACAUGGUUCACAUCCUCAUAUAACUUUAACCUACAGUAGUGCUGAUGGUGAAGAAGGAUUUCCUGGUGAUCUUCGUGUUUCAGUUACUUAUGCAUUGAAAGAUCGUUACAAGCUUAGUGUGGUAAUGAAGGCAAAAGCUCGGAACAAGGCCACCCCUGUUAACUUGGCUCAACACACUUAUUGGAACAUUGGUGGACACAACAGUGGCGAUAUCUUGUCCAACGUUAUUCAAAUCUUUGCAUCACACAUCACACCAGUAGACGGACAUCUCAUUCCUACAGGCGAAAUCACCCCUGUCAAGAACACACCAUACGACUUCCUGAAACCUCGUAAAGUGGGGAGCCAGAUGAUCAACAAACACCAAAAUGGAUAUGACAUCAACUAUGUACUUGACAGCAGUAAGAAAAUGAAGCCCGUGGCAAUAGUAUAUGAUAAGAAGUCAGGAAGAGUGAUGCUUGUACAAGCAUCUGCACCUGGUGUUCAAUUCUACACUGCAAAUUUUGUCAUUAAUAAAAAGGGGAAAGGUGGAUAUGUAUAUCAGCCUCAUGCAGCUUUGUGUUUGGAGACUCAAGGAUUCCCGGACGCUGUCAAUCAUCCAAAUUUCCCAUCGACAAUUGUGACUCCGAGAAAGACGUACGUUCACAAGAUGCUGUAUACGUUCGUGAAAUACUAGAACGCUUAUAACAUUAAUCUUUUCCACCAUUACUGAUGUCUUUUGCAUCUUCUGCAUAAAUUGAUAUUUCUGCCAGGGUUAUAUGUUCUUUGAGAAAAAUAAAACACUUAUUGGUCCCUAAUUUAAAUUAGUCGCUGAAAAAUAGUUCGACGCCAGGAUGAUAAAAAGCUUAACACCUCUCACUCUUAUUACUUUUCAAUAUGAAAACGAAAAAAAAAAUGAACAAUCAAAAGGUCGUUUUACUCAAAACCCCAAUUGUGACAUCCCUUCUCUCCCACUUCACACCUCGGAACGCACCCUUCUUAAACGUACUUUCACAUCUUCUUAACCCGAAAUGGCUAGGGAGAGGAAAGGUUCCUUUUUCUGAGGGUACUCCCGGGAACCGAC